AUUGUUCGCUUUAUAUCUGUACAAGUGCUUUUGUUGUUCCUUCUUCUUCUUCUUCUUCUUUCUUCAUCUUGCUUUGGCAAGUCUGAGUUCUGUGAAGCUCUUUUCAGAAGCUUCACCAAUGGCAGACAUUAGCCACCCUCCCAUGGAACAGCUCCAAGACCUUGAGUACUGCAUAGACUCCAACCCUCCUUGGGCUGAAACCAUCGCGUUAGCAUUUCAAAACUACAUCCUAAUGCUGGGAACAAGUGUAAUGAUCCCAACAAUGCUCGUCCCUGCAAUGGGUGGAAGUGAUGGAGACAAAGCACGAGUUAUACAGACUCUCCUCUUUGUGGCUGGCAUUAACACACUUCUCCAAGCACUUUUUGGAACCAGGUUGCCUGCGGUCGUUGGAGGCUCCUUUGCUUAUGUCAUUCCUAUAGCUUACAUCAUAAGUGACUCCCAUUUGCAACGGAUUAGCGAUCCUCAAGAAAGAUUUAUACAAACUAUGCGAGCGAUCCAAGGAGCUCUAAUUGUAGCCUCAAGCAUACAAAUAAUACUGGGUUACAGCCAAGUUUGGGGACUCUUUUCGAAAUUCUUCAGUCCUCUUGGAAUGGCACCAGUUGUUGGAUUGGUUGGCUUGGGAUUGUUUCAACGAGGAUUUCCUGCGUUAGGCAAUUGUGUGGAAAUUGGGAUACCGAUGCUGUUGUUGGUCAUUGGACUGUCACAAUAUCUGAAGCAUGUGAGGCCAUUUAGAGAUGUCCCUAUUUUUGAACGAUUCCCAGUAUUGCUGUGUGUUUCAAUCAUUUGGAUCUAUUCCCUUAUCUUGACUGCUAGUGGGGCUUAUCAAGACAAGCCCACUAGAACUCAAAUCAGUUGCCGUACUGACCGAGCGAAUCUUAUAUCUACUGCCCCAUGGUUCAAGUUCCCAUACCCUUUGCAGUGGGGUCCUCCAACAUUUUCAGCUGGUCAUUCAUUUGCCAUGAUGUCUGCAGUCCUUGUUUCUAUGGUUGAGUCAACUGGUGCAUACAAGGCAACAUCUAGGUUGGCAAUUGCCACUCCGCCUCCUGCUUACGUAUUGAGCCGGGGCAUUGGCUGGCAGGGCAUAGGAAUCUUGCUUGAUGGUCUUUUUGGAACGGGCACUGGUUCUACUGUUUCUGUGGAAAAUGUUGGACUCCUUGGAUUAACCAGAGUAGGAAGUCGCAGAGUUGUUCAAAUUUCUGCUGGCUUCAUGAUAUUCUUCUCUACCCUAGGAAAAUUUGGAGCUGUGUUUGCAUCUAUUCCCUUCCCAAUAUUUGCUGCAUUGUACUGUGUUCUCUUCGGCCUUGUGGCUUCGGUUGGAUUAUCAUUUCUUCAAUUCACAAACAUGAAUUCGAUGAGAAAUCUCAUUAUUACUGGGCUUUCACUGUUCCUUGGGAUAUCUGUCCCUCAAUUUUUCAAUGAAUAUUGGAUUCCAUCAAGAAGUGGUCUUGUUCAUACAAAUGCCGGAUGGUUUAAUGCCUUUCUCAAUACGAUAUUCUCGUCUCCGCCAACGGUGGGUUUGAUUGUGGCCGUAUUUCUUGACAAUACAUUAGAAGUGGAGAAGUCAAAGAAAGACAGGGGGAUGCCAUGGUGGGUGAAGUUCAGAACAUUUAGAGGUGAUAACAGAAAUGAAGAGUUCUACACUUUGCCAUUCAACCUCAACAGGUUUUUCCCACCAACUUAGCAAGUUCAAGGAGGAAGCAGCAAAGCAAAUCAGGCCAAGUCAAUUGAUAAAUCAGUUUAUUCCUUAAAGAUUUUGUAAAUCCAAGAUCAGCUGACAAAAUAUCUUAGCAAAUUUCCAGUCCUUUUCUUCAUCACAAUUUUUUUUUGUGACCAACCGUUGUAACAGGGUCCAGAAUUAGAAUUGUAGUUCCAUCAUUUGAUCC